AUGCACCGCAUCCUUCCGGACACAGCUUCUUUGGCUUCGUCGCCCCUCUUCCAACCAAUCUAUGGCGUUUCACGUCUUGAGGCUUUGGAACGUUCCUACCAGAGAGCUGUUGCUAUAGCCAAACACUACCGACUCUCCAUGGCCGAUAUCCACACCCUCUCCGAAAGGUUCUGGGCCUGCCAUAUGGAAUUCCUGAUGACCGUGGACUUAACUACGUAUUACAUUCUCGCGAUGCAGUACAAUCUGGUGGUGGGAACCAUUUCCCCUUUUGUUGAUGGAAGACCCGAUCUCGAGCCGCUCAUGCAAAAGCUCUUGAGCUUAGAGAUCUUAGGCGUCUUCAUGUUGACCGAACUGGAUCAUGGUUUAGAUGCCAAGAACCUCGAGACCACGGCCACUCGACAGCCAGAUGGGAGCUUCAUCCUUCAUACACCUCGCCCCGGUGCUGCAAAGUUCAUGCCCCCAACGAUGCCAGUUGCGAACGUCCCUCGGGUUGGCCUUGUGAUGGCCAAGCUGAUUGUCGACAAUGAGGAUCGCGGAGUCCGUGCAUUUGUUGUACCCUUGAACGAUGGGAAUACGAUGUGCAGGGGGGUCACAUCAGUGCUUCUGCCACCCAUGAAGGGUGGAGAUGCACUCGAUCACGCCUUGACCUCGUUCAACAAGGUGUCGUUACCGGCAGACGCCAUGCUGGGCAGCCUGGCUAAACCAGGCGAAAUGCGUCAACAUUUUCUGGCCAUGCUUCAUCGGGUCGGCGUGGGAGCUGUUUCGGCCAGCCUGGUGCUGCUGCCCGCUCUGAAAAUGGCUGCGUACCUGGUUGGCCGAUACAGUCUGCGAAGAGCGAUUGGAGGGCCAAGGAACAGCCGUGUUCCAAUUAUCAGUUUCAGGACCCAACAACUACCCAUUUUGCAUACCCUCGCUCUGAGUGCAGUGAUAGAGCCCUUUACAACCGAAAUUAUCUCCCGCUUCUGCGAUUCGGCCAAUGGCCCGGGUGAGCGACAAGCGAUCGCCACCAUCUCCAAGGCGGUCUUCAUUCAGCAUUGCCAAAAGAGCUUUGCAUCGCUUAUCGAACGUUGCGGCGCACAGGGCCUGUUUGAGCACAACCAAUUAUCCAACUUUGAUGGUCAUGUUCGUGCUCUAUCGAUCAUGGAAGGCGAUAUUCUUGUUCUCUGCAUUCGAUUUGCCACCGAGCUCUUACUAGGGAGAUGCUCUGUUCUUCCUGCUCGACAUUCGGGUUCUCUUCUUGCGAGACACGAAGCCGGGCUGCUCGCUGAAAAUCUUGACCUGCUUCGAUCGAUGCCCCAUGGCCACCGGAGCGAGAAAUACAACAAUAUCAUGCUGCCCCGAUGUCGGCCCCUUGUGGAAGCGAUCGGUCACCGCAUGGUUUACGACGCCGCUCUCGACGCCGGAGUGGACCGCGACUUGCUUUCCCUGUAUGAAGCGGGGGUUGUACAACUGGAUCCUAGUUGGUACGUUGAACACGGCGUGCUUUCAAGGAUGGAGAUUAUGAGCAUGGAAGAGCAAGCAGCCAAUGCUGUUUUUCCUCGUCUGGAGAAUUUACUUGACCGCUUGGAGCCUGAAGUAUAUUGUACGGCGCCUUUUGUAUCGGCUUCACGCUGGCAGGGAUUUCUCGACCAGCUGGCUGUCUAUCGGGGGGAGUCGGACUGUCGCAUGAGCAAGUUGUAG